GUCUCAUUCCAGUCACUUUGAAUGUGUUAGCAUUAGCUUAUUGCUCGCCCACUAUUAUAUCACACGCCAUCUUGCUUAAAUGACUAUUUAACUUGUGUGCUUCCAACUAAAAUAAUUGUCUUUCUCAGUUUGUUGUCUUAUUGACACACGUGUCGCUAAUGCUAUGCUAACGCUCAUCUUGCCGUCAGAGAAGGUUGAUGAAUGUGCUGAAAACAUAAGCACUAAGGAGAUGUUAGUAUUCAUUCUAUUCAGUUUUUUUGUUGACACUUAAGAACAAUGAGGCUUCUUCGUGCUGCCAAGACACAUCAUUUGUCCACUUUGAUUCAUUAUGUCAGUCCAGCGGCAGCAGCUCCACGCAGACUUCAGUGUACAUCUUCUCCAGAGGACAAGAAUGGACCAUCCAUGCUGCGACACCUGAUUUCCAAAAUUAAAGCCACCGGUCCCAUUUCUGUUUCUGAGUACAUGAGGGAGGCGCUCACCAACCCAGUGACGGGUUACUACGUGAGGAACAACAUGCUGGGAGCUGAAGGAGACUUCAUCACGUCACCUGAGAUCAGCCAAAUCUUUGGAGAGUUGCUGGCUGUGUGGGUAAUUAGCGAGUGGAUGGGGGCGGGGCGGCCUAAGCAGCUUCAGCUGGUUGAGCUUGGACCUGGAAAAGGAUCUUUGGCCAGUGACGUUCUUCGAGUUCUGGGUCAGCUCCAGUCAGUGCUAGAUGGGGCUUCAGUGUCGCUCCACCUAGUGGAGGUGAGUCCUGCUUUGAGUCUCCUCCAGGCCCAAAGUCUCACUGGGACCAGGAGCCAGGAGGCAGACAGCGAGGAUGACCCUGUUUACCGCCAAGGCCGAACAGAAGGCGGCGUGCAGGUGUCUUGGUACCGCUGCUUAGAGGACGUCCCCCGUGGCUUUAGCAUCUUUCUGGCUCACGAGUUCUUUGACGCUCUUCCCAUUCACAAGUUUCAGCGCACCAAGAGAGGCUGGAGAGAAGUGAUGGUAGACAUCGACCCGGACAACCCAGGUCAGCUGAGGUUUGUGGUGGCGCCGUCGCCCACGUUGGCGUCAACCACUUUAGUACAGGCGGAUGAAAGGCGGGAUCAUGUGGAGGUGUGUGCAGAGGGCGGAGUCAUCAUUCAGCAGCUGGCCCGUCGGGUGGCGGAAGAGGGCGGGGCUGCGCUGAUCGGCGACUACGGCCACGAUGGGACCAAGACAGACACGUUCCGAGGGUUUAAAGGUCACCAACUCCAUCAGGUCCUGACAACUCCGGGCUCGGCCGACCUCACCGCCGACGUGGACUUCAGCUACUUGCGGCGUGUGGUGGGAGGAGGCGUGGCCUGCCUGGGACCUGUCAGUCAAAGGACGUUCCUGAAGAACAUGGGCAUCGACACGCGCAUGCAGGUUCUGCUGAGCAACUGCAGCGACUUGACCACCAGACAGCAACUGAUCAGCAGCUAUGAUAUGCUGACCCACCCCGCCAAAAUGGGCGAGCGCUUCCACUUCUUUGGCCUGCUGCACCUUAGCCGCUUUGCCAAACCUAAGACGGCCACCGGGUUCAAGCUGGAGAAAAAGAGCCCGGCUCAGCUUCCUGUUGCUGGAUUCACUGACAUGAGCUUCUCUUGAUCAGGUCAAACAGAACCUAUAACAGAUGCUGUUGAGGAAACAUAAACAGAACAGGAACUUCAUGAGGACAUAUGGAACUUUUAUGACACUUCUUGUAAAGUUAAAGGUCAUGAAGCAGGUGGAGAAGAUUGAUUGAAUUCCUCAACAUUGAAGAGGUUUGAUAGCAGCACGCCGACACAGAAGAAGAAGAAGAAGAGUCCGACAAACAGCUUUACAACUUUGUUGAAUCAAUAAAAAAUGCUUGGCCGUCAA